ACCAACUGAGUCAUGACAGUCUGGCUGAGAAAAUCCACCCAUGCUUUUAUUUGGUGCGUUUUAAAUGCCAUGUAAGUGAGGAAAGUUGCAACCCACAUGCAGGCGAAAAUAACUUUUAAGUACCGGGCAAUUCAGAAAUUAUGUCUUCAGUCUUUAUCUGCAAAUCUCAAGCCAUGAAUCCGGGGUGAAUUCUUGCACACACAUGCACAUACACACAUGCAGAGCCGCAGUACACGGGAAUGUAAUUGCUUUGGGGAAAAUAUCGCUUUGUGAGAUGUUGCUGCGUCUUUAGCAGGGGUGUGAUGUUGAAAAGGAGCAACAAACGUCCCUUGAAACAGUCAGAAAAGUACCAUCAUGUAAUAUUUAUGGAUCCAGAGUUGUGCGGCUGCUUUGGGUAUAAACGGAGUGGAUUGACGCGCGCGCUAAAGCAGCCCGCAUGUGAUUUCCAGCUUCAGUCAUCUUGGCAGCACGAUGCGAGAGAGAGGCAGAGCCCGACUCGGAGCUGAGAAACUGGACCCUCUGCCAGAGAUGUCGACGGAGAGGAAUCCCUGAAACCGCCCGCUUUUUCCCAGGAAAUAUGUACAAAUGUGGUUUCGUGUACGAGUGCGGGCUGUAUUCCUUUCGGUUUUUCUUUUCUUUUUUUUUUUUGCACAGAGUGAUAGUGGACCAGGAUGCCGUGUGGGCGAUGCUGCCACAAGGGAUACAUUGUGAUUUCGCAGAGAUGCUUUAGCAACCGUUGCAUAAAUUAGAAUAAGACGAGCCGACACAUGAGGGAUUGGAGUCUAAAGGGAUCUAAUAAGACUUCACCACCUGUUACUAGAAAAUCAGCACAGCCCCCGAUCAGACAUCAACAGAAGAGGAGCCUCACCACUCGAUAGCCUCAUUCUGCUCCUCAGCAUCGCCUCCUCUGGGAGUAAUCGUGCAACACCUACAACCAGCCAGGAGAGUUGACAGCAUUUGCUCUCCCACCACCCAAGUCUGACAGCCAUGAUUUGGGGAGGCCUUCUUCUACGACGGCUCAGAUCAGGGGUCAACUCGCUGCUCGAUGGCUAGAUCUCACCGUACAAAGAGCUGGGGGCCUUUCUGCUGAAUAUCCCUCACUGCGUAGUAGCACAUGGAUUUCAAGACUUCAAAUGAAGAGACAAAGACUGGGAUUUAUUUGAUGCAAGAAGGUAAUGAAGAGCCAUUCAAUAUUCGACUACACUUGGCCAAAGAUAUUAUGACGAUUCAAGAACAAGAUGUCAUCUGCGUGUCAGGAGAGCCAUUUUAUUCAAGUGAGAGGACUGUAACGAUCAGGAGGCAGACUAUCGGAGGGUUCGGCCUAAGCAUCAAGGGUGGAGCCGAGCAUAAAAUCCCUGUUGUGAUUUCAAAAAUAUCAAAAGAACAAAAAGCUGAACUCUCCGGGCUGCUUUUCAUCGGAGACGGCAUCCUUCAGAUAAAUGGAAUAAACGUUAGAAGUUAUCGCCACGAGGAAGUGGUCCAGGUUUUGAGAAAUGCAGGUGAAGAGGUGACUCUCACUGUCUCUUUCCUGAAGAAAACUCCGGCCUUUCUGAAACUGCCCCUGUGUGAGGACUGCACUUGCAUCCCCAGUGACCAGAGUAGUGGGACUUCCUCUCCUCUAUGCGAUAGCGGCCUGCACUUGAACUACCAUCCUAACAACACGGACACCCUGUCCUGCUCAUCUUGGCCCACGUCCCCCGGGCUGCGCUGGGAGAAGAGAUGGGUGGACCUGCGCCUUAUUCCUCUUCUUCACUCGCGCCUGUCACAGUACAUGCCGGGCUCUGACGCCUGCAGGAAAAAUGCUUUCCAGGUCAUAGCUGUGGAUGGAGUUUGCAGCGGAGUCGUCCAGUUCUCUGCUCCUGAGGACUGCUUGGACUGGCUUCAGGCGAUAGCGGGCAACAUUUCCAGCCUCACCAAGCACAAUAUCAAGAAGAUCAACCGAAACUUCCCAGUUAACCAGCAGAUUAUCUACAUGGGCUGGGUCGAUGAGAAGGAGCAGGACUCCGUUCAGGACCGAAUGUAUUCACCAAAGUUCCUAGCUUUGAGGGGUUCCUCACUCUUCAAGUUUUCAGCCCCUCCUGUGACAACCUGGGACUGGACCAGAGCAGAGAAAAGCUUUACUGUGUAUGAGAUAAUGUGCAAGAUGUUAAAGGAUAACGACCUUCUGGACAAGAGGAAGCACUGCUUCAGUGUCCAGACGGAGACCGGGGAGGACUUGUUCUUCAGCGUGGAACUGGACUGCGAGCUGCUGACCUGGGAAAAGGCGUUUCAGAUGGCUACUUUCCUGGAGGUGGAGCGGAUACAGUGUAAAACGUACGCCUGUAUCAUGGAGAGCCACCUCAUGGGACUUACAGUCGACUUCAGCAUGGGCUUUGUGUGCUUUGAUGCAGCUUCAAAGGCAGUGCUGUGGAGAUAUAAGUUCUCCCAACUGAAAGGAUCAUCAGAUGAUGGAAAAAGCAAGAUCAAGUUUUUGUUCCAAAAUCAAGACUCCAAAUCUAUUGAAGCAAAGGAGCUGGAGUUUUCAAACCUCUUUGCUGUUCUUCAUUGUAUUCACGCUUUUUUUGCUGCCAAAGUUGCGUGCCUGGACCCCAUGUUUGUGGAGAGCCAAGGCACUGCAACUACCACUGGAUUUCCUUCUCUUUCCUCUAUCUCGUGUAAUUCACAGACACCUAAACUCAAAUACGCCACUUGACAGGCGCUGCUCUCCCCACAGCCCCUCUGAAAGGACGCUGCACUUAGCUGAGACUGUGGCCUAAAUGGGUGGACAGAAGAACUGGAUAUGACACUAUGGAGGAUUGGCUGAAUACAGUGAGGGAAAAGAAAAAAAAGACCUCUUUCAGAGUGAUAUACUUGAUAUCUCAAAAGACAUUUCAAAAUCCUGGAAUAACUAUGGACCUAAACAUGGAUCUCUGCUUGAGAAACUUUCCCAGAAGACUCUCUGGACACAAAAUGUGCGAUACAGAAAAUGUUUUUAAGUGAAUUUGUUCUUUUCUUGAUCCUCAGACAUCCCUAUAAUCAACACAUCACAGAGAAAAAUGCAUUUCUUUACCCUUUUUAUGUGAUUUGAAUCAAGAUUUGAAGAGCUGAAACAAAGAAGAGUUUAUCCUUUUUUGUCCACAUCAGAGUUAUAUCGAUUUAUCUUCUGCAAAGACUGAUCCGGACCCUGGUAAUAACCAGUAAGUGCAAAGACACUUGAUUUCCAGUUUACUGUGUGUUCUUGCGGUGAAACUUUUAACGACAUUUGUAAUUCAAUCAGCAUUAUAAUUUAUAUUCCACUCAAGUCAACCAAAAGCUACAUGGCAAAUCAUAUAAGAUAAUUGAUCUGAAUUUUAAAAGUUUGCCCAAAGCAUUUGUGGACGGAUAUACAGAGCAACAUCAUAUAUUUUUCUCUAUUUAUGACGUAUACCCACAUGUCAGAAUAACUACUUGCUGUAUACGUGGACAGAAAGGCUGUAUUGAAGCUUAGUUUUUACUGUAUGGAUGAUGAGUGACACUUAAAUGAUCAGGUUCACCACCCACACACCACACUAAUCAGACAAAACCACUCUGAACAUGAUUAGAAACACCUUCAUCAUGUUUAUAGCAUUUUUCCUCCAAAACUUGAUUAUGUAAAUAAACACUGACAUUCAAAUGAACUCGAAGAAUGAUGAAUUAUGGCGAUUACUUGAAGGAUUACUUGGAGGGAUUAUGGCAUUUGUUAAUUUGAUGUGCACCAGAGAUGACUAGGUAGAUAGCUCAUAACCUUGUGCUCUUUUCAACAUUUACUCUUAUGGACCAAUUUAGAAGAAUACAAUCAGAUACGGCAUAUUUUUUGGAAUAUUUUAUCUAUUUCAGCCUGUAAAUACGAAGAAGUACGUUUUCAUUGACAAUGACAAAACACACUGCGAGAGGGCGAAAGAAAUAUGUAGCCUCAUGUCCUCCAAAUGUUUGACAUACCCCUUUAAACUUCACUCUGUGUUAAGCUGUUUGCACAUGCAGCAGAGUGACAACUAAACUAUCAUUUUCAAAUAGAGUUCAGGUCAAUUAGUGUAAUUAGUCAUGCUCUUACCUCCCAUUUACACAGUAGAAUCCAAACAGAAGAGGCCCAUGGGUAAAUAAACUCUAGAGGAUGGUAAAUUAAAUGGGGUCAGUAAAGUGCUUGGUACUGUGUGGGGCUUGUUAAGCUGACAUGCAUGUCUGAGAGAGACUAAUGGUAGUGUGGUCUAUGCAAAGAAAGUCUAAAUGAUGCUUUUGUGCUUUAAAAUGAUCCCAGUUGCAUACCCUUUUAACACAGGAUCUAAAGAGUGAGGUUAAUUUUAUUUUUAGCAGAUGUUUUAUUAACAAAUAUGCUGUGUAAUAAAUUAAUAAAUGAGAACUUUUAUAACAUGG